AUGACUCUCACACAUAUACAUCCGGAGGACGACGCACCUCCGCCUUACACCCCAACCGACCCUCUGACACCGGCUUCCACGAUCAAUGAUGCCGCAAGUCAGGUAUCGACCGAAAACAUUCCAUCAUAUACCCAUGCCGUAGAGGCUCCGAAUUUUGUUUCUGCAGUGCCAUAUUUCAGUGAGCGUGGCCUGCCAUCGACUGCACGUUCUGACGGAGCAAUCUUGGAACAUACCCUAGUGUUCUACAGGCGAAGCCAGGCCAAAGACUUCUCGAAGUAUCCUCGCUGUUGGCGCUCUAGAACUGAAGAGAUCACACAGCAUGAUUGGGAUACAUUUCUGAAUUACCUUUUACCACCGCAUCUUGGACCAGCGUCGAAUCAUCCUCAGCUACCACAAAAGCUGCGUGCUGAGAUUGAACGUGAUCGAAAAGACAGGCCGCAAGAGACCGAGGAGGAGCGACAAUGGAGAAUUACAGCAGUGGUUACAGAAUGGAAUGUCAACUUUUUCCAGCCUCGCGGGGUUGUGAUAGUUUAUUGUUUUGUUCGUGAAGACGGAGGCCAACCUGAGUCUCCAUUGUGUCCUUCAUGCUAUCCAAAUACCACCUCAUCCAGAUCUCGCAAUGAUAUCUGUCGGUCUUUGUUCGAAGAACCUACAGAUAAUACUUCAAGAGAAGUACAUGAGCUGCCUCAACUGCCGAACGCGGUACCAAGUGGCCGGCAGAACCAGCAGACAACCGACGCCGCCAGUCCCCCAGCAGCAGCAGCAGGAAGUGGGGGAAGCUCCGGUAACCAAUAUCAAUAUAGAUCCAGCCCUGCGGGUGGACCAGGAGUGUGGGUUUUUAACCCUGGCGCAGCAGUGAAUAACAUUGCCUCCAUGAUCUCGGACCAAGUCCAAAGAUACAGCCAGUAUGUAUCAGAACAAGCUAUGGAGCAUAGCAGAAUGGUGAGCGAGCAGGUUCAAGCAGCCAGCCGUGAGGUGGAAAGAAACGCUCAUGCACAUGCAUUCUAUGUCCAGCAGCAGGCUAUGGAUGCUAGAAACAGAGCUAUCCACAACUUUACCACUUACAGAGACCAAGCCCAAUCAUCAUGGGGUGGUCAUCAUGGGCCCCACGGCCGGUUUGGUGGUCACUUUCACCACCAUCAUGGCAGAUGGGCAGGUCGAGGUUAUGGAGGACCCGGACGAGGUAGAAAUACUUGGGGUCCUGAAGGAUGUCAGCCAGGUAGCUCUGGCUGGGGAUUUUGGCAGCGGGGAGCCGACCCGGCGGGUCGGCGAGGUCGUGAAUGGGGACACGUUGAGCAGAAAGGAAGAAGAGCAAGAAGCGCUUCUGUCUCUUCUUCGUCCUCGUCGUCGUCCUCUUCGUCAAGCAGUUCCUCUGAAUCGCUGGAUUCUGCUUCGCCCGACUCCGAUCUGAAAAAAGGCGAGCUUGCCGCUCUCAAAACUGCCCUUCAGAACCUCAAGCAGCAACAGGAGCAAAGACAACUCUCUACGGCAGACUACCGGGCACGCAGGAAGGAGCUGCGACGAGACUGUAAAGCACUGAAGUCAGCUCGAAGAGACUUCCACUCGGCAGGUCGACGAUGUCGUGAUACCACAUCUGGAGGCUGCAGUGGCUCCAGUUCCCGUGCAGCGGGCCACCCCUCUACUACUCGAGGAGAAUUCAGUUCUGACAUUGACGAGAUAAAGAGGGAUAUGCAGGAGAUCAAGGAUCACUAUGUUAAUUUGAUACGCAGCCUGCAAGGUGAGAAACGGGAGUUGAAGCAGGCCGCGAAGAAUCUCAAACAAGAAGAAAAACAGGCCAGAAAGGAGGAGAAACAGGCUAGAAAGCAGGAGAAGGCAGCAAGAAAGGAGGAGCGUAAGAGAGCGAAGGAGAAGGGCAAGGGCAAAGCCAAAGAAACAGAGCCGGAUAUCCCCCUGGAGAGACGGAUGGAGGAUAUGAACAUAUCAAGUAAUAUUCCUCCUCCAGAGUAUCCUCAAACUCCCCAGGCGGCCGGAACGGUGAUGAAAGAUGUCAAGCAGUAG